CUUGCUUAAAUUCCAGUGAUUAGUCUCAAAUCCAUGAUUAAAAUUCCACAGAUUUUGAACUGUGUAUGAAGUUUGAACAUAAACUACUAAACAUCCUUGUCUUAUCAGAGUACAUAGCUGAUAUUAUUGCGAAUUAUGUGGCUUGCAAUGAUAAGAAGUAUCUUAAGUUGAAGAACAUGGAUCUAGGUUGAUGAUAGUAUCAUUUGAACUACCUAGGUAGGUAAUAUAGUUAUUAACCGGCUCCGGGUACCAUCACUAAAAUGAAAUCAGGAUUUAAGAGUAGCUGGCAUUCUGUCGUCCGGCUUCGACUCAAAGACAAAUCAGCCACCCCAUUUUGCAUAUUCUCUAAAGUGAAAUCAGCUGGAAGCAUUAUUCCUGGGAAAGCACCUGUUUAUCUCAAUGUAUAUGAUUUGACAACAGUAAAUGGCUAUAUGUAUUGGGCAGGCCUUGGAAUUUUCCACUCUGCUGUAGAAGUUUAUGGAAUAGAAUAUGCAUUUGGAGCUCAUGACUAUCCAACAAGUGGUGUGUUUGAGGUUGAACCAAGGCAGUGCCCUGGCUUUAAGUUUAGGAAGUCUAUAUACAUGGGAACUACUAGCUUGGAUCCUCUCCAGAUUCGAGACUUCAUGGAGCGACAAUCUGCGAAUUACAACGGCGAUACAUAUCACUUGAUUGUCAAGAAUUGCAACCAUUUCUGUGAGGAUAUUUGUUACAAGCUCACUGGCAAUUCUAUCCCAAAAUGGGUCAAUAGACUUGCAAGAAUAGGUUCCUGUUGCAACUGCAUACUCCCAGAAUCCCUUAAGAUUACUACAGUUGAGCAUGAUCCAAAUUUUGAAGGGUGUGAUAAUGAAAAGAGGAGGCUAAGAACAGCCUUCAGUUGCUUGUCAUCAAUCUCAAUGCCACAAAGGGAAGUAUCAAUGUCUUCAUUAUUUAUGCACUCUCAUUAUAAAGGUUGCCUACCACCUUGGGAGUUAAAGAGAUCCAAAAAGGGAUCACCAAAGCAAAAAUGAUAACUAUUCUUCUUCUUCUGUAGAGUAUCUAUUGUGUUUCUGAUUAACUCAAAUCUUAUCAUCAUCAUCAUCAUCAUAUAAUUCAGCAACUCUAGAAGUGCAAAAUUUUCUGUCCAUAGUCAUCAUUUUGAAUAUCUUAGCUUAAGGAUUUGGCAGUUUUCAUUAUUUCUUUUCUUUGUUUAUUUGUUUUGGGUUGUAAUAUUUUCCUGAUUGUGAAUUCAUGUCAAAUGUAUAAUGUAUUAUUAUUGAUGUGCUA